AUGAAGGAAGACGAUUACGGUAUCAUGGCCAUUCCGAAACAUCUGAACUUUACAAUUGUCUGCUUUCGUCCAAGCAGAGGCUCUGCAGCUCUGAGCAGGAAAGUUCUGUCUCUACAGGACUGGGUGUCAGAGAGAGUGACCCAUCGUCAGAGCGUCCGUCUGGGUCGCACCAUGAAGCUGCUCUGCCCCGUGGAAGGUGACCCCCCUCCCCUCAUCAUGUGGACCAAAGAUGGCCGCAACAUCCACAGUGGUUGGACACGGUUCAAGGUGUUACAGCAUGGCCUUCGUAUCAAGGAAGUCGAGACAGAGGACGCGGGGACUUACAUCUGUAAGGCCACCAAUGGAUUUGGCAGCGUGAACAUCAACUAUACGCUGAUUGUUAUAGGUUUCAGUCAGUGGAGUGGAUGCCAGCAGGGAGAUUAG